UCACUGCACAUGCGGCCGCUUCCGCUGCCGGCAGCGCUCUCCUCCUAGCGGGGCUGGGGCGGCGGGCUCUCUAGGCCGGCGCGUCUCUAUGGCUGCAGGGGCGGUAGUUCCGCAGACUGUCUCGGCACCAUGGCUCAGGCGAGAGAAAAUGUCAGUUUAUUCUUCAAGCUAUACUGCUUGGCAGUGAUGACUCUGGUGGCUGCAGCUUAUACCGUAGCAUUAAGAUACACAAGGACAACAGCUAAAGAACUCUACUUUUCAACCACAGCCGUGUGUGUCACAGAAGUUAUAAAGUUACUGAUAAGUGUUGGACUUUUAGCUAAAGAAACUGGAAGUUUGGGUAGAUUUAAGGCAUCUUUAAGUGAAAAUGUCUUGGGGAGCCCCAAGGAACUGAUGAAGUUAAGUGUGCCAUCACUGGUGUAUGCUGUCCAGAAUAACAUGGCUUUCCUAGCUCUUAGUAAUCUGGAUGCAGCAGUAUAUCAGGUGACCUAUCAACUGAAGAUUCCCUGUACUGCUUUAUGUACUGUUUUAAUGUUAAAUCGAACACUCAGCAAAUUACAGUGGGUUUCAGUUUUUAUGCUGUGUGGUGGGGUCAUACUAGUACAGUGGAAACCAGCACAAGCUACAAAAGUCAUGGUAGAGCAGAAUCCAUUAUUAGGCUUUGGUGCAAUAGCUAUUGCUGUAUUGUGCUCUGGAUUUGCAGGAGUUUAUUUUGAAAAAGUUUUAAAGAGUUCAGACACUUCCCUUUGGGUGAGAAACAUUCAAAUGUAUCUGUCAGGGAUCGUGGUGACGUUAAUUGGCACCUACUUGUCAGAUGGAGCUGAAAUUAAAGAAAAAGGAUUUUUCUAUGGUUACACGUAUUAUGUCUGGUUUGUCAUCUUCCUGGCAAGCGUUGGAGGCCUCUACACUUCUGUUGUGGUCAAGUACACAGACAACAUCAUGAAAGGCUUCUCUGCAGCAGCAGCCAUUGUUCUUUCUACCAUUGCUUCCGUGAUGCUGUUCGGAUUACAGAUAACACUUUUCUUUACAAUGGGAGCUCUUCUUGUAUGUGUUUCCAUAUAUCUCUAUGGGUUACCCAGACAAGACACUACAUCCAUUCAACAAGAAGCAACUUCAAAAGAAAGAAUCAUUGGUGUAUGAUUUGAAUCUUACAAUAAUCCUAUAAUGACUAAACUGUCGAUAAUAAAUUAGAGCCUUAAGUCAACCCCAGAUGGUAGCUUAAACAAUAUCAACAAAUUUACUGUUAUGGCAUAAGAAUCAAGAAGAAAACUACGAGUGAAGUGCUUAAACAGAUUUUAUUUGAGGGUGUUUGGUGUCAAGCUGUAUUAUUUCAGAAUGAAGGAUUUUAUUACAGAGAGUGUGUGCGUUGUGUAUGUAUACUGUUUACACAGAGCAUGGAGUUGACAUGGUAUCAGGAUGUGUGUGUGCUGUCUCUUGUACACAGAGCACAGGGUCAGAACAUCAGGUGAAACGACAAUAUUCAAUCAACAAGGUUUAAGUCGGUGUUUGAAGGUUAAAGUGCCAAAGCCAUUUCUGCACACACUGUUCUCUCAUUCAGGUCCUGGGAGGGGAAGGUGAGCCUUCCUAGUUGUCCAGUUCAUGGAUAGUACUUUGUCCCUAUAGUAGUCAAAAAUCUAGCUGCUUUUAUCAAAGUGAAGAAUGAAUACGAUAAGACAGUUCAGAACAAAACCCAUGAGUGUGUAACUUCUGAAGCAGAACCUAUUUCAUGGCUCAGACAUGGACUUCUGUCUGGGUAAUGACUGAGAACUUCAGUGCUGUGCUUGUGACACUUACUGUCUGGUUCAUAUUUCUUUGCUGUUAGCUGAUAUACUUUCCAGAAAACUUUCUAAGUCGCUUUUAUACUUUCUUUUUUAUAAAGUAUGGUUGUUGGGCUCUCAAUUUGUGAACUUUCAGUGAUUUUAAAAUAUUUCUAUAAUGUUAAUGGGGAAAUCCAGCAAUAAAUUUAUUUAUAUCACUUGUGUA